AUGCCAUCAACCAUCUCCCCCUAUUUCCUUGUAGCUAACUACCCAGACCAGCUGCAGUGCCUGAAGGCUCCAAUCCUCUCUGCCGCCGACUGCUCUGAUGCCUACCCUGGGCAAAUUACCAGCAACAUGAUCUGUGUGGGAUUCCUGGAGGGAGGCAAAGACUCCUGCCAGGGAGAUUCCGGCGGUCCCGUUGUCUGCAAUGGACAGCUCCAGGGCAUUGUUUCCUGGGGUAUUGGAUGUGCCCAGAGGGGCUAUCCCGGAGUUUACACCAAGGUUUGCAACUACGUCUCCUGGAUCCGGUCCACCAUGGCCGCCAACUGAGAUGCUCGUGUGGUGUGACCUGUAUUUUCUCAUCAUCAUUCCUGCUCUUUUGGAU